UUGUAAAUAUUAGUAUUAGCUAGCAAGCCGUCACAUUUUUGACAGCCAUCGAUGACGCCUCUCUCACUCAGUCUCGUUUUGACUAGUUAGCUAACCGAGUUGUAGCUAUUUGCCCAUCUAGCAAGCCAGCUUGCUUGCUGAAUAAUUGUAGUAACAUGGGCCCGUUGGUCUAUAGUCAGUCUUUCACAGGUGCCACUGGCCACAUAUGUUUUGGCUAGCUUUCGAAGUUAGCUGAUUGCAAGACAUGGCAAGUGCACCUCCAGUGGAGACAGCUGGAUUUGUGGGGCUCCCUCAGCCACCUUCCUAUGAAGAAUCAGUGGGUCCUCAGUACCAGGGGCCGGUGCUUCCUCCUGCCUACACCAAAUCUGCACAGUAUCCAUACCCAACACAGCCCUAUAGUCAAAUAUAUCAACCAACGGCUCACAGUACUAGCAGUCCAAUAGUGUCAGUUCAGACCAUUUACGUCCAGCCGGGUGUGGUGUUUGGGGAUCUUCCAGUGCAGACGCAUUGCCCUGCAUGUGCCCAAAUGGUGAUCACUCGGCUGGAGCACACCUCUGGAACAAUGGCCUGGUUAACAUGUGCUGGCCUGUUCAUUUUCGGUUGCAUCUAUGGCUGUUGCCUGCUUCCUUUCUGUGUGGAUGGUUUGAAGGAUGUGACACAUCGAUGUCCCAACUGCAACAACGUCCUUGGAGAACACAAACGGCUUUGAUUAUGCCAUUUGAAAAGAGUAGUCUCUCUAUUGAGCAUGCAACCUUGCAGCCUGUCUCUAUCUUGAAUUGUCUAAUUACAAAUACUGUGUUAAACAUGCAUAUUUUGAUGAUGGUCAUCAUGUAGUCUACAUCAGGGGUACUCAACUCUUACGCUAUGAGAUCCGUAGCUGCUGGUUCUGUUCUACCUUAUAAUUAAUUGCACACCACGUCUAAAUCAGUCCCUGAUUAGAGGGUAACAAUAAAAAAAUGCAAUGGAACUGGCUUUGAGGUCCAGAGUUGAGUUUGAGUGGUCUAUAUAUUACCUUUAUUAAGAGCUUUGUCCACUAGAUAACUAUCUAGAUAAUUUGUCAAUAUUGCACUUUCAAAUGAAGGAUUCUAUUAUAUAAUUGUAUAUAUGCAGUCAGUUUAAAUAGUAAUGUGCACACAAUGUUGGUAGGGUAAGACUGGUUGAUUAUUGUAACUGUACAUUUUUAUAGGAUCUAUAUGUAUCUUUCAUAAUCCAACUGCAACAUGACUACCUGUUAAGACUACCUUUUUAUACAGUCUUAUUGUGAUGGUUACUGGUAAGUGGUAAGCAAGCUCAUCGUACAAACUGCCCUAAGUAGAUCCACUUGUUGAACGAAUGAAUGGCUUUGUUGUAAGUUAUGCAGUGGAAUAAGUAUUAUUUUAGGAUGUUUUGAUUGAUUGAAAUCCAGGCACCUUUGAGCAGUCCCUCAAAAUAAUAUAUUUUUUAAGUCCAUGGAUUCACAAGGGUGUCAUUGAUUGUAUAGGCCCUAUUUGUUUAUUUUCAUUCAUCACAUACAAUUGUGUGCUUCUGUAGAAUUCACUUAAUGGCAUUUUUUUCAAAUGUGUAUGUAUGGCAUAAGCACAAAUAAAUGAUAAUUUUA